AUGGCUCACAGGGCUAUUGUUCAAGUUAUUAUCACUGGUGCCCAGGUUUUUGGGAAAGCUUUUUCUGCAGCAUAUAAACAGGCUGCUGCUCAGUCUGUGAAACAAAGUGCUACUCAAGCUAAUAGGCGUCGUACUGCUAAAGAAGAAUAUGGUGGUAUAACACUGGAUGAAAGUUGUAAGAUUUUAAAUAUCGAGCCAAAUAAUAGCGAUUCAUUCAGUUUGGAUAAUAUUAAUAAGAGGUUCAAUUAUUUGUUUGAUGUGAAUAGUAAAGAUAAAGGUGGCAGUUUUUACUUGCAAAGUAAAAUCUACAGAGCUGCUGAAAGACUUAAAUGGGAAUUAAAGCAACAAGAACUUCGAGAAGAGGGUGCAAAAGCUGAAAAUAUAAAGCAGACUACAACAAAUGCAUCUUCAACAAAAGAUAAGGUCUCAGAAUGA